AUCAGUGAGCCAUCAGAGGAGCGAGGUGCCAGUAGUGAGUGGAUUUAGAUUCGAAUUCCUUUCAACGCUGAAUUGCUGAAUACUAACAGUCGCCGCGCCACGCUCUCAGUUGGGGGCUAACGAGGUUAGAACGCGCCCGGAACGUGAAGCGAAUCUCCAGAAAAAGGUGGUUCGGUGUUGUGAUAGUGACCGCUCCUAGGUGAGCCUUCGAGGCUCCACGGUGGUGUAGUGUUUCACUUGUUUUAGGUGCCAGUUACGCAAGGUGACACCCAAGCACGCAUCCCAAGCGCAUUAGAAAAAGCCGAGCCGAGGGUAGAAAAAACGGCGUUUAAGUGCGCGAUACCAACCGUCACAAAAAGGCACAUACCUCACCGUCAAGUGUUACGCACGAGUGACACGCCAUCAAAAAAACAUCCGAAGCGCUUCUUCCAGAACAGGUGGUGGCGUUCGUCUAAUGACGCGCCGGUCCGGCCCAACGAGCGGAACGCGUUCUAACUGAAAACAUCGAACGGUCAUAAAUUAUUGAACGAAACCUCGAUCAUACAGCAACACCCCAAUCCUGCAACAGCGACAAAAUGGCCAACGUCCGAUGGCAGCUACAUUCUCCGGGCCGUCAACCGGCAACAGUCAGCGGUAUUGCCGCAGUGCUUGCGUGCUGCGCCGUGUUUCUAGCCGUGCCCCACCCAUCAGAAGCCUCCGCGAACAGUGUCUUUAAGGCGCUGGCCAUCGGGGCCAGCACGCAAUCCGUCACUUCCAGCACACUGUCCUGGGAGAAGUUUAGUGCCGCCGAAGGCCACAUACACUACGCCGUGCGAUCGUACGAACCGGAGCCGCAUUCGAAGGAAAGCCUCGAAACAACGGAUCACCUGCACCCACCGAGCUAUAUCUGCCGGGUGGAGAUCGAAGGCAUUCUCACGGCCGGCCAAACGGUGGUGUCGGAAGAGAGCAGCGACACCACGAUCUGCAUCGUGGCUGCCCAACUGUCCGAAGUGGAGCGCCACCACGCGUUCGAAGUGCUGAUCAACAAGGGCGGUGGCGGAAAGCUGUUGUGGCGGCCAUGGGAUCGCUACCAUGCCGGCAUUUUCGGAGGUGCUGUCAGUGCCGGAAUGGGCAAGUUCUCCGAUUACUACAUUGCCCGGCUGAAGCCGGCGCACGGCGAGGGGCACCAUCAUGGUGGCGCGGGACACCACUACGUGGUUGGAAACUUUGAUCCGAGCGUCAAGCUUGUUGGCCGCAUCCACGCUCCCCUGCCCGGGUCCAAGUCGAGCACGGAACACGAGCACGGUGAAAUUCUCGUCGAGAUCGAACCGGUCAAGUACGAAUUGCGGGCGAUCAAGCUGAACAAACUGCGAACGGCCAUCAAGAAGAACACCACCGUCUUGGGUUCGACGAUCCUUUCGAACAUGGACGAUAAAACGAGCCAGGCGGAAACGGUCAUUACGUACGACUUUGUGAAGGAAAUCUACUGGGGCAAGCACGAUGGCGUCGUGCAGGGUCUGUUCACGAAGGUGUACGAUUCGCGGACACCGCAGGCGACGAACGUAACGUGGGGCAUCAAGAACUCGGAGCGACGGUUCGAGACGAAAGCGGUCAACACGAUGCUGGAUCCGGGUACGGCCAUCAAUGUGACACUGUUCGGGAACUACACCGAAAUGGAGGCACCGUACUCGGCCACGCUGAAGGCGUACUACGACGACAACAGUGAUCCCGUCAGCAGACGGCUGAGCGCGACCAUGGUCAGUCGUGAUAUGGAGGACGUAAAGAUCGAGUUCAGCCCGGUCUAUUGGAUCCAAAACGGAACGCUCGUCCCGACGACGACGACGACGACGACCACAACCACGACGACAACCACCACCACAACCACGACGACCGAAAAAACCACCGAAAAAGCGAAACCAUCAACCGAUCAACCGGUACCGAUCAGCAGUACCCCAACGGAGGGCGCCAACGGGCUGAUGGAUGACGAUGGCAUGAGCAACGAGAUCGGCCCCCUGAGCAAUGAGCUAAACAAUCGGAGCAACGAAAAGCUCGAAGGCGCCGCCGGUGGCUCCCAUCGUAGCCGUAGCUCCACCACCGGAAAUGCGGCCACCAGUCUGCGGCCCGUUGCGAGCAUAUCUUCGUUGCUCCUCCUGCUUCCGGUCUUCGGUUUGCACCGUAGGGCUUAGGGCGGAUGUGACGGAUUUGGCGUAGCGUGUUGCGCUAUCGAAUCAUCAUUGUUCACCAGCCUCCCUCAUUAAUUAUCGUUUUUUUGGUGAUCUCUCUCAUCUGUUGAGGUCCAGUUUUGAGGAGCUUUUUUUCCUUUCCGGCGAAAGAGCAAAACUUUGUUUUUAGUCCUUUAAGCGUCAGCCAGUCAGAAUUGUGAAUUGAGGAUUUAUAUAAUAAGAGCUUCAACAGGACCGUGGGGUCCGUGAGCCGCCAUCGCUAUUAUGGUGUGCCGGCGCAGCUGCGCUCCUAAGAUCCCGAUGCAUAUGAUUCCGUACCAAAACCGCCGGUAAUGAAAAGCGGAGUCCGAUCGGAUGUUUUGGGGUUUCGUUCGUUUAGAUGUAUCGAUUAAGCUUAGCAUAGUGCGGAAAGAAAGAGGCCGAAUUGUCGGAGCGAAAACAUUUAAGUAAAAGAAAAACGUUACGGUAUUCAAUUACCCGUUAACUUCUCUGUGUAUAUAGUGCAACAAACAAAAUGAGUACCCCACGAUCAUACUGAUCCUCAGAAGGGCAAGCUUUCAAGAGUCGUCCCACCACAUCACCGCAUGAGCCGUGAACUUUCUUUGCUUUCUCAGACCUGCUCCCGGCAGGCAGGCAGACGGUCGAAUUCGAAAGUCUUAUGAAGUGCUUUUAUGCGGUGGAAACAUUCAAGCUUAGGGCAUCCGCAGCAGAGAACCGAUGAAACACAUUCCACGGUGUUGUCGUAGGGGGCAGUGUUAGGCGAAGUGGAACGCACGAAAGGCGCGUGACAUCCUUUGUGGCGUAAGAAAAGUGGUGACACGAAUUCUAAAUUUUACGAACGACGAUACUGCACACGUACAAUAGAAAUACGAAGUUGUUGUUUUGUUUUCAAUUCCCAAAACAGCCAAAACACACUUUUUAUUCACUACACACCUUUCGGCGUGCGCAACACUAUUCAAAGCUAAGAAGCACCGACAAAAUGAAUUAAGUUCCCUUCUUCGAACUCACGCUUAUUGAUUAUUUAUUGUAACUAGAUAUGUGUUAAGAGUUUUAGUUCGUUCAAAUCUCUUCCUUUUUAUCUCAAUAAAGUGUCAGCUUAUUUCUCAACCACAUUGUUUUGCCUGUUUAUUUUAUGUUUUCAUGCUCCCCCACAACACUUUGCUCGGUCAAAAGCAUAAAACUGUCGAACACAGAUAUGAAGGAAAUAGAAAAUGGCCAUUCUCGAUUCACAAACGGUCAAAAUGGUCAGGAAUUAAAGAGGUCAAAUAGAUGGAAACCAACAAUCGAACAUGCCGCAAAAUUAGGAAUCAGGAAAAGUACAAAUUAUUCAACUCUCGAUUGAAUGCGUACUGCAAAGUGACUUUCCAAAGCUCGAAUUGACUGAACAAUAGAAAACAACAAACAUACACAACAUGACACACAACCUUGAUAUAACACGAUCUUUUCACAAAACAAAGCCAAAACAAACAGCAAAACUGCAAACCGUAUUCUUACAUAACAUAAAAAUGCCUUGCGUGUGCUCUUGUGUGAUGAACAUUGUGGUACUUCUACAAAAAUGGUAGCAAUCGUAGUUCAAAUGUAGUGGGAAACACAAAAACGUAAACAAUAGAAAAGCCGGUCAAAAGAUAGCUUGAAGAACGUCACAAUUUGAUGAAGAUGGAAGCGAACCGGAAAGCAAGGGAAAGCAACGAAGAACGGCUCGCGAACUGGUGGUUUCGGAAAGGGUGGCGCAUUCCGGUGGACGGACGUCCCUUCGUAACGAAGGAAUCAACCGGUUAAAGCUACACGGUGGUCAAAGGAAAAGUGUCCCCCAUUUGCACAGUUCAGUGGCGCGCGGAAACAAAUGAAUUGAUUUAGAAAAUAGAGAGUAAUCUUUAAAGCGACAACAAAAAAACAAUCAAAAACCAACAAAAAAGCUUAAAAAAGACUAACUAAUCGUUGCCUUCAGUUGCUGUGUUGCUUGGGGUGGUACACACGUCGUUGUAUAAUUACUGCUGCUUGUUAUUGCUUCAAUUAGUGCGCGCCGUCAUCUGCUUCACGUGAUCCGACCGCGAUCGCCAUGUGUAUGAUAUAAUUUGUAAGAACAAUAAUCGGAAGAUCGCGAAACGAGCGAAGCGAAAAACAUACGUUGAGCGAAAUUAUGCAAACAAUGGGUAACAUUUGAAUAGAAAACUGAUUGGUUUACGAAGUGAUAAAAACGCGCCAAUUACACACCACAUAGGCUUCUUUCGGUCGAACUCGAACUAUGGCCAAUUGUUUACGGAAAAACAGAACAACAUUGGAACUCGAAUCAUCAACAAAAUUGGGGAUUAAG